AUUUGGGGUCCGAUCGAGCGCGGAAAUGCCAUGGCUGCCUUUUCUAUGAUGACGUUUGUCGGUCCAGCUCUCGGACCUGUCAUUUCUGGUUUCUUGGAAUUGAAGGAGAACUGGCGCUGGUGUUUCUAUGUUCUCCUCUGGCUGGGUGGUGCCACCGAGAUCUUAAUGUUCACCAUUCCCGAGACACUCCCAUCGAUUGUUCUCCAGAACAAGGCACGGAGAAUCAGAGCCUUGAAGAUUCCUGGAUAUGAAAACAUCAAGGCGCCUGUUGAGGUCACUGACAGGACACUCGCUUCAAUGUUUGCUGUUUCCUUAACUCGCCCUUGGAAGAUCUUGGUCGAUCCCAUCUCUUUCGCAGUCGCCGUCUACCUUGCCGUCGUCUACGCGCUGCUGUACAUGCUUUUCACCAUUUACCCCAUUGUCUUCCAACAAAAGCGAGGCUGGAACUCGGGAGUUGGGGAGCUUCCGCUUAUCGGCACUGCAGUCGGUGCCGUUAUUGGCGGCUGCAUCAUCUUCGCCAACUCCGCUCGCGACAGGAAGAAGCUGCUCGCUGGUCACAAGGCAGUUCCUGAAGAUCGUCUUCCAGUCGCAAUGAUUGGCGGUGUCAUGUUCCCAAUCACCAUGUUCUGGUUCGCCUGGACUGGAAACUUCAAUAGCGUACACUGGAUCGUGCCCACCAUCGCCGGCGUCUUCCUUUCCACCUCCAUCUUGCUGAUCUUUGUCGCCUACCUCAACUACCUCACGGACACAUAUCUCAUGUACGCAGCAAGUGCAUUGGCAGCCAACACCGUCGCACGUUCAGCCGCUGGUGCUGCCGCUCCACUGUUUACUCAAUACAUGUUCGACGCUCUCGGUGUUGGUGGUGGUGGUUCGCUCAUUGCUGGAAUUGCUUGCUUGCUCGCACCCAUUCCGUUCAUCUUCUACAAGUAUGGAGGUCCCAUACGCGAGAAGUCAAAGUUCGCGCCGACAUCGACCAAGACUACAGAGAAACCGAAGGAGCAGAUUCCAGCAGAAAACGAAAAUCACAGCAACAGCGACACAGAUGUCUCUCGCGCUCCGUCGCACACCAUGGAAGAAAUCAAGCCCGAGAACAGCGAGACGCCAUGAGUGCGUGCGUAAUGUAUAUACCCCAGAAUUCAUCCUCAUCUUUUUACUUCACCAAUUGAUUAUCCCGCACAACGGCCGUGAUCAUCGCUCAGGAUUUCUUGCAAAGAGAUGUUGCCAACAGAACACGUUCAUC